AAACGCUUCAGUGCAGAUGGAACUCACCCUUUUUGACGAGAUCAUUCAUUGUUGUCGUACAAUAAAUCACCUUCUUUAUAUCUAAUUUGAUACGUCGCUUUUAGGAGACAAUGUAUCCGUUAAUGUUGACAUUUACAGCCUUCUUACUAUGCAUUCCAGCUACAUUUGGAAAAACGGUGUCGGGAGUUUUCAAGAGCGAUGCAGCCAGAGAGCAGAAUGGACAGUACAUCACAAAAUUCAUGUACAACGUGGGUAGGGGUUUGGUGGUGUGCAGGCUGGAGAAUGCUACCCUGGCCAUGGAGAAGGAGUCCAGACUGCUGCUCUUCCCGGAGACGGAGGACGGCUUUGACAUCGACAACCUCAGCUGCCACGACCGCCUCUCCAAGGCACAGCUCUCCAUCCGUCUGAGUGAGGAGGAGCACAACCAGAGCAUCCCCCACCUUCACUCCCCCACGGCCUGGAUGGCGCUGUAUGCAGACCGCUACACCUGUGGGGAGGGGGGCAUCAUCCCUGCCCACGGGGACCUGACCUUCACCAUCCUGCUGUUCAACCCUGACUCGGCAGGCAACCCCCUGGAACACUUCAGCGCUGAGGAGGCAGGCCUGCAUAGUUUCUACUGUCUGCUGAUCCUGGCCUACUUUGUGGCAUCCUGUAUCUACAUUCAGCCUCUGUGGAUGGCCCUGAGAAAGGGUGGGCCCAUGCAAACGGUGCUGAAGGUGCUCUCCACAGCCUUGGCCCUACAGGGGAUCUCUGCCCUCUUCAACUACAUCCACCUGGCCAGGUAUGCCAGGGAUGGAGUGGGCAUUCCUAUCAUGGGCAGCUUGGCUGAGUUCUGUGACAUGGUAUCCCAGGUGUCCAUGCUGUACAUGCUGCUGAGUCUGUGUGUGGGCUGGACCCUGAGCAAGAACAGGAAGCCCCAGAGCAGACCUCUCCAGUGGGACUCUUCCCCCGCCUCCAAAGCCCUCGCUAUGGGAGGGGUCGUCACACAGGGGGUGCUACUGCUGUGGGAGCAGUAUGAGGAGACGGAGCACCACAGCUACCACGCCCAGCGCAGCAUAGCGGGUCUGUUACUCAUAUCUCUACGUAUCAUCCUGGCCUUGCUGCUGGCCUCCGUGCUCUACACCAUCAUCAGCACAGAGAGGAGCUCCCUCAAGAGAGACUUCUACCUCAGCUUCGCCAAGGGUUGUUUUAUCUGGUUCCUGUGCCACCCUGUGCUGGUCUUACUCUCUGUGGUUUUCAACGAGCAUCAAAGAGAAAAGGUUGUGACAAUCGGUGUGAUUCUAUGCCAGGCUAUCUCAGUGGUGAUCCUCUACCAGCUUUUCCUGUCCCGUAGCUUAUACUGGGAAGUAUCUUCUCUCUCCUCUGUCUCACUACCCCUCACCAUGUCCAGAGGGGGCCGGGGACGCUACUGACCCCGCGUGCAGGGGGAACACUUUCACUGUGACACACGCCGAGGGCGAAGGGAUACACCGUGACACCUGCAGUUAAAGGGACAAUACUUCCACUUCUCUCUGCUCACUCACGGCGAAGGUUCCCCCCCAGACGGGUGAGGAAAGAGGAGGGUGGGAUGAAGAGAAGUAGGAAGUUCACCCACAAAUAUAGAAGAGAAGAGGAAUGAUGGCCUGCUAUUUAAUAGCCUCCCAAACAGGAUGAGAGUGAGACCUGGGUUUAAGCGCACAUAAAGUAUGUAUGUAAAUGAGACUCAUUUGUUAGUAUACAACAGAUGUGGACACAGGUAACUGCCAAAAUAAUGGAAACCCUUGAGUAAAAGAGGGAUCCAAAGUAUAUUAAAAGCAGGUGCUUCCACACAGGUGUGGUUCCUGGGUUAAGCAAUUCACAUCCCAUCAUGCUUAGGGUCAUGUAUAAAAAUUAUGUUUGCCAUGGCUGUGGCCCUACAGGAUGACAAUGCCCCCAUUUAACAGGGCAAGGGUGGUCACUGAAUGGUUUGAUGAGCAUGAAAACUAUGUAAACCAUAUGGCCGUCUCAGUCACCAGAUCUCAACCGGGGAUGGUGUUUUCCACCACCAUCAACAAAACAUCAAAUGAUGGAAUUUCUCGUGGAAGAAUGAUGUCGCAUCCCUUCAAUAGAGUUCCAGAAUCUAUGCCAAGGUUUAUUGAAGCUGUUCUGCCUUGUUGCACAACGCCCUAUUAAGACACUUUAUGUUGGUGUUUUCUUUAUUUUGGCAGUUACCUCUAUGUUAUUUACAAUUGUAGUAUGUAUGUGUGAAGUUGUGGUUUACUGUUUUAUUUUGAAUGUCAAACUUGGGCUGGAUUUGAUGUCUCUCUUUCAUUUUCUGACGCAGUAUAAGACUCCCAAAAUGUUUAAUAGGUUUAUAAUAGAUUACAAUGAAAGGUUACCGAUUGUCAAAUUCAUUGCCGAUAAAGAUAUCCAGGCUCGGACUGAAAUACCGUUGAUCCAUAGAGAUAUGGAUCCAUGUUCAGUGUGGUAAAUCUCAAACCAAUAAUUUAGUCUGAUCUUAACUCUGUCAGAAAUAGAAAGUUGGGUCUUUUUUUUUUUUUUACAGAGUUGCUUCACACUUUUUUACUGCCGUUUCAUUCUAUUGUCGUCAAUUGAUGGUUCUUUCUGCGAGGUUCAGGUUCAGGGUGUGCUGAAGCUAUUACAGAAAUCACAUGGAACUCAUGGAAUCUGUGUGUCAUCCCCAGCACUCCAACACUGCAGCUAGUUGCAUGUGUGAGAAUCGUAUUACUAUUAUUAUUUGUGUACUUAUUGAAUUAUACUUGAAUAUGAACGCUUGGUAUUGUUUUGUCUGACAUUGGAGCUAGACAUGUGCAAUGUUUAAAUGUAGCUUUAUUUUCUUUCUCAAUCGUCGUAAGUGCCUGAGAAGACAAUCACUUUGCUAGUAGAGAAGGUACCUGUGUUUGUCUAUGAAAAGAUGGGUUUCACAUUGACAUACAUGUCCAGUCUGAUAGUUAAGUUAUGCAGAGAUAUUGGGGUGGAAAUGGUCAACAGAGCAGUGACUGUGUAAUGUUCCUAUUAAGCAUGUUUAUAACACUGUUUAAAUUCAUUACUGUAUACUUUUGUAAAAUAAGUCUUUAUCAGAUGCUAAUGCAAUACAAGAAAAUGUCUGCAGGGGGCAGCAGUUCUCUUGAUCUGUUACAGUAGCUUAUGUUGACCAGCGUUUCUCAACCCUGGUCCUCCAGUAUCCCCAACGGUGAACAUUUGUAUUGUAACCCUGGACUAGCACACCUGAUUCAACUUGUCAACUAAUCAUCAAGCCCUCUGAGUUGAAUGAGGUGUGUUUGUCAAGGGCAACAACGAAACGGUCAAUUUUUUUAGCAAAGACAUUGCUGUAGACUACUCUCAACCAAUGCACACUCAAACCAUAGAAGUGACCGGUGUCUUUGCUCAAACUGCCUGCAUUCUCAUUCAACAACUAAACGCAUGAUAAUUCUGGAUAAUUCAAACAUGGAAGGACAAACCACGAAAUGUCACGGUUGCUAAGAAAUGCCACCACGACGCUCCACCUUGAGUACACAAACAGUUUCCCGGCUCUCCACUUCCUCAAACGGAUCUGAGAGGCUAAUAUCAAACACUAACAUCAGAGCUAAGCCAAGUCAGUCUCACUUUAUUUGGGUAGUUGCUUGCAGAUAGAUAAUCAUCUUUGGUUGGUCAUUGGUUUCGGUCCGGCUGCUAUGGAUUCCAGCAUGUGACACUAAAUAGGCCAAUAUAAGUAGCCUACACAGUCAAAGUUGUGGAAACAUGCUGUGGAAUGUGGUUAAACUAACCCCAGACUUCUAAACAGUGAAAGUUGUGGAAACAUGCUGUGGAAUGUGGUUAAACUAACCCCAGACUUCUAAACAGUCAAAAGGGGUCAUGUUACUGAAGUUUCUCCACUACCUGCCUGUUUUCUUCUUUGGUGGUUUCAGAGUCACUGUUAGUUAGCUGGUUAUAAUCCUUGUUUUCUGGAUGCUCUUCUUUCACUCAUUUUACCUUCAUAUCGCAAAAGAUCAAGAACAUACCAUGAACUAUGAUUGCUGUGUUUACACAGGCAGCCCAAUUCUGUAAUUUUUUCACUAAUCUGUCUUUUGACCAAUCUGGAAAAGAUCUGAUGUGAUUGGUCAAAAGAUCAGUUAGUGUGUGUGUGUGUGUGUGUGGGGGGGGGGGGUCAGAAUUGGGCUGCCUGUGUAAACGCAGCCUAUAUGGCACUGAACCUUAUAUGAAUUAAACUAUUUGAGAAUGGUGGGCUAUUAGUGACAAUGAGGACUAGGCCAGCAGCAAAGUAGUGCUCACUCCCACACUGCUGUUUAAACCAGCACAGGAGCACCUGGUUACACACAUCAGUGGCUCCCUACAGACCAGACCAUGGUGUCCAUCUUGGGUCUUUUCAGGACACUGGUUACCCACUGGGCUAUUUCUGACCUCAGGCACACCAGGACACUGUGGGCUGAGGGGGAUGAAUACACACAGGACUUAUUUUCCUGCAAUACCACCACUAACUAACUCCCUUUCUUGUAUUAUGCAAAUAGUCUGACAACAGGAACAUGCUUGGGCUAAUACUGUAACAUUCAUUUGCACCUUUUUUGACUCUACCACAGAAAGUAGUACCAAUUCAGGCAGUACUAUUCCAUUACAGGGGGGACUUUUUUAAUAGUGUUCCUUUAGAUAAGGGUGUUUCUAUGUAUUCUAUAUCUAGGUCAGGUAGAGAGUAGCGUAGCUGGCAGCCUGAAACCACAGGCCUAGAUGGACAGUUUCUGUUCAUGUAUUUGAAAUACUUAUUUGAAUUCAGAGUGUUUUGUCAUUUGACUUACACUGGGCUGAACUACAAUCCAAUGUAUUUUGUCAUUUGACUUACACUGGGCUGAACUACAAUCCAAUGUAUUUUGUCAUUUGACUUACACUGGGCUGAACUACAAUCCAAUGUAUUUUGUCAUUUGACUUACACUGGGCUGAACUACAAAAUACUUUUCUAUACCAUUUUUGCUAGCGGUUCACAUUUUGUGGCCCCUCCUUCACCCUGCGUUGGUAUCAGAAGUCUGAUAGCACUAUGGUAUGAUAAAAUUGUCUGCUAAAUAAAUGAAUGAAUGUGUUUGUCA